UGUACAAACUAUGCACAUAUUCACUAAAUAUACUUAAACAUUUAACUCAAUACAUCAUUUCUACACAGCCAUUCUCAUCCUUGUCGCCUUAUCUACGCCCACGUGCUUACUCCGUAGAAGUAAAUCUUUUUAAAUACAAAACUUAAACCAAUUAAACCACUUUGAAUAUGGAAUUCGCCUUAAGAAAUCCACUGAUUCUCUCCAAUAUAUUCUCCCGUUUGGAUUUCGCAUCUCUAAAGACGACUCGGUCCGUCUGUUCUUUAUGGGCGGACGAGGCGGCGCAUCCCCUCGGGUUAAAAUCUGUCCUCAAGGUGCACAAAGUAUUCCCCCAUUGCUGCACCGCCACCGGGCUGCCGUCCCAUUUCGAUCCCAAGCUGGCCGUCCAUGUCGACAUUAAUUUAAAUUGUGGCGGCGUCGUUACCGGAAAUUACUCCCACUCGGCGAAGAGAGAAAGUCGUGCAGCUGCAGUGAAUAUUUCGACUUUCUUAUCAGCCUCCCAUCAAAAUAUAGAGACGAUCAAGGUCACGAACAACUUCGCCUUUCCCGUGUUCAGAUCUCUGACAAAAUUAGGAUUUCCCAAGCUGAAAUGUUUCCAAAUAAUCGGAAGUGACUUUUGUGAGGAAAAUUAUACCCCAAAAAUUGACGCCGAAUUGCUAUAUUGCGUCACCAAGAGUUUGAAACGCGUGGAGUUCACGCUUCCAAAAGAAUUUGGCAAUGCUAUGAGCGAUUUGUACGACAUAUUUCAAGAUCUGAUCGAUUGCGCGGAAAAUCUGGAGGUUUUAAAAAUUCAAGAGUUUUACGUUCCGAAUUUGGAUAAUUGUAAAAAGUUGAAGGUUUUGGAGUACACGGGAUUUCCCAAGGGCGCUUUGUUAUAUCGGGGUCCAUGCGUGCAAAAUGGAGGUUUCGAUGUGGAACCGUUACACGACAUGUUGGAGGGGGUGAAGGAUUCAUUGGAGGUGUUGACUAUCGCGUGCAGACACGAUUUGCUAUGUCGACAUGUCCAAGUUGAGUUGGAGGACUUCCAAACCCCGGUGAUGACCAAGCUGGAAAAACUGUGCAUCAACGGCUUCGCUAUGUACGGAUUUGCAACCAGUAUUACGAAAAAUCAAUUUCCAAAGUUGAAAAUGCUUGCAGUUUCCGGCGAGUAUAUUGAAGCGAAGGACAUGUUUGAGGCACCGUUUCCAUGCGAGGUGUCGAAGGAUGGGGUAAAAAUUUUCGAUUACGAUAUGCAUUUAUCAUAAUUUAAGAUUUUAUUGUGUAUCUACAUAAUGUAAAAUCACUAACUUUUGUAUUUUGCUCGCUUACUGUUCAAAUGAACCUGAUGAGAUUCAUAGUCUGACAUUUCAUUGCAUCGUUAAAAAAUUUUACUAAAAUGUUCUUAAAAUUUGCCCUGAAAAUUGAUUUGUAAACACUUCCAUUUCCCCUAGUGUUUAAACAGUUGGCAAAAAAUGCUUAAAAAGUUUUCAGAAAUAAAUAUAAAAAAGUUAAAAUGCGAAAUGUGUAAAUUGGGCAUAAAAAGGUCUCGAGAAUGUAUUACGCUGAAAUAAUGCAGCGUCUAAUUUCUUUAAAUAACUUACUUUAUAAAAAGGAUGUACUGAUUUAUUCAACUCGAAUUGAUGUAAUUUGACACUUGAUUGAUUUUUAAAUAAAGUUGUACGUACAGAAAGAUUUUCA